AUGCGUCAAACAGCGGUGAAACUCGCCAAGAGCUAUACACCCUUGAUCAAAUUUGUGGGCACAAAACACCCAGUCUUGGAACACUCUGGAUCGGUGCAUCCUCACCCUUGUACUAUUGAUGGCAUACUGCCUGGAUCUGAUUCAUGUGUUUCGGCUAAGGACUUCCUGAGCAAAUUGAAGCCAUUCGAAGUCGUCCCUUACAAGACCAAGAAACCAAGUCAGAAGCCCGCUGGCGGCAAUGUGGGUCGCGCAUACGAGUUCGUUUCCAGACCCUUACAUGAGAAUGAACUUGCAUCCAUUUCAGAGCUACCCGUCAGAUUCAAGCUGCGCCCAUUUGAAGACGUAGAAAUGGAGUCCAUCAACGCUGGUGGAGCACUAUGA